GAAGUGUUUUAGUAGAGUCUGGAUGGCCGUCUAUCAGGAGGGUUUUGAUUGUGUCUCCCUGCCUGGUAAAAUGAGGUUGGCCCUUGGGGUUUCUUCCAACUCUACAAUUCCAUGACCUGAAGGUAUCUGUUGACAUUUGGGGAAAGUGAAACUGCUUCUAGAGCUAAAACGCUUUCAACGUUGCUGCUGUUUCAUGAAAACUGAUGUUGCAAGACUUGUCGUGGAUUGCACAAUUCCUGAAGAAAACAGGAUUAUUAUUGCAAUGGCACAAGGGAAUUGAGUGCGGAGAAUUUGGCGGAGAGGGAGGGGCCCACGGUCUUCUCUUCCCUUUAAUUGGGGAGUUGCCCCUCUUUGCCCCACGCAGGAGGACACGCUCCCAGCAUGGGCUCUCGGAGGAUGUUUUUUGUGUCCUGGACCGGUCUCCUGGGUCUGGCUCUGCUGGUCAGCCGUGGGGAGGGACAGAGCUGUCUGCCGGGGGUGCAAGUUGUCCCCAACCUGGCCAGAGGACGCCCGGCCUUCCAGUCCUCCACGUACCAGCACCCCAAAAGCCUCGUGGCCGGGAAGGCUGUGGACGGGAACUGCAAUGGGAACCUGGAUGGCGCCGGCUCCUGCACCCACACCAACGGGGACAUGGAGCCCUGGUGGUAUGUGGAUCUCGGGGACGAGUAUGCCAUCUUCGCUGUCGUCAUCAAGAACCGAGGGGAGUGCUGCGGUGAUAGAAUCCGGGGAGCCGAGAUCCACGUCGGAGACUUCGUGGCAGAAAACAGCAAAUUCAACCCCCUGUCUCCAGUCCAUACCACGCUACAUGAACUUGAAUGGAUACUGUGGUUGUGUUGUCGAAAGCUUUCAUGGCCGGGAUCACACUGUUGUGGUAUGUAUUCCGGGCUCUAUGGCCAUGUGCCAGAAGCAUUCUCUCCUGACGUUUCACCCACAUCUGUGGCAGACAUACUCAGAGGUUUUGACGUCUGUGCGAAGCUAGGCAAGUGGGGUUUAUAUAUCUGUGGAAGGUCCAGGGUGGGAGAAAGAACACUUGUCUGUGGGAGGCAAGUGUGAAUGUUGCAAUUGGUCACCUUGAUUAGCAUUGAAUAGCCUUGCAGCUUCAAAGCCUGGCUGCUUCCUACCUGGGGGAAUCCUUUGUUGGGAGGUAUUAGCUGGCCCUGAUUGUUUCCUGUCUGGAAUUCCCAUUUUCUGGGUGUUUCUGGGAAGGUAAUGGCACUCCAUGUAGUCAUGCCGGCCACAUGACCUUGGAGGUGUCUAUGGACAACACUGGCUCUUGGGCUUAGAAAUGGAGAUGAGCACCAACCCCCAGAGUCAGACAUGACUGAACUUAACGUCAAGGGAUACCUUUACCUUUACCUACACACACACACACACACACACACACACACAAGCAGGGACUAUAUAUACACACAAUAUAUAUCACACACACACCAAUUUAACAAAGUUUCAGCCACAAAAACAAAGUUUCUGAAGUAGAACAAUGACUUUCACAGUAAAGACAACCCAAUUUAACAGGAAAUAAGACUUUCAAACCAGGAACAGAUUUCUGCAAUUAUUAAAAAAUGGUUUAUUAUAAAAGCUAUGAAAAUUUGCCAAAAAUCAGAGGAUAAGGGAAACGUUCCACAUUUUGGUGAGCUAUCAGUGUUAAAUGUGUUCUACCACUGUACCAAGUUUGAAGAAGAUCACUCAAAAAAUGAGGGCGGGAGAGCCCCCUAAGUCCCCCCCCCUUCGGGCUGUUUUUGGGCCACCGCGCAUCCGCGUCCGCCAUUAACGAAUUAAUUUAGAAAAUAACGAAUUUUCGUUAAUUUCGAAAAAUUUUGGGGGCCAAAUUCGUUAUUAGCAACAAAAACGAAAAACUGCCCCCUCUAGUUUUGAAACGAGUUUAGAAUCAAAUUUUUCAUGGAUCGAUCAAGCCUAAUAUAUAUAUAAAUGCAGUCUGCAUAAUUCCCAUGGAGUAAACAACAAAACCACUAAUAGGAAUAUAUUUUCAUAACCUGUUAAGAUUAUGAUUCCAAUAUGGUUAAACAUUCAUGCAGAGCAGUAAAAACGCAGAAGACUAGGGGUUUAUGUGAGCAGAGGUAAAAAGAUAUUAAACAGUAAGACAAAAUAUCCAGCCUCCCUUUCCCUUUAAAAAGUCAUGCGCAUAAAAUAAGCAUCAGAGACAUCAAAUAAAAUAGCAAAAAUAUGUUUACUCACAAUCUUGUAUGAUGAUGGUCAUACAGG